AAUCGUCGAGAGGUCUCCACCGGAUUUACAAAAGACAUCGAAGCUCACUGCUUUUCCAAAGCCGAAAGUAAAAGCGUUUUUCCAGCGAACAAGUCCAUCGACUUUGGUUUUGCUGUGCGGGACGGGACCUUUUGCUGGAGGUCUAUCGUCAACUGGCAUUAGAUACGGUUUGCCCACGCUCCAGUCAGGACGUGCACUCGAGAGGUGUGUUGUGUGCCUUUAUUAUCAGCAGUUGUCUGUCAAAUUGAGUGAUUCGUGUCCAGUUUUGUGCCACCAGUGAUGGUAAGGCGGUCCUGGCCUUAAAAGCAAACUGGUUCUUCUCUGGAACGAUACGAUAGGCAGGCUGGAUGUGACACACAAACUGUUUGCCGGCCAUCCUAGACCGAAGAAAGUGCACUUCAUCUGUUAGCUAAAAGCCAUAGCUAACCAUAGAACCGGUUACAUUGCCUCCAUUGAAAGCCCCAUUAAUAAAUUCGAUUUGCUUAUACGAGUACCUGUGCAGUGAUCUCGAGACUUCCGGUUACGCGAUUUCUUCUCCAGCCCGUCAUAGUUUGAUUGCAUAAUUGAAAGCGAUGCCAUCGGCUAUGCAGCUGCUGCUCCUGACAAUGCUGUUGGCAGCUACGCCAGCGCUGGGACUGGGACGCAAGGUGAAGCGGAAGGACGCACACUACCAUCUAAAUGUGCCUCCGCCACCACCGCCGUCACCACAGGAGCACCAGGGUCACCAACAACACCAGCAACACCAGCAACACCAACAAGCCACGCUGAUCGAACACGAAGUGCCACCGUAUUCAUUCGAAGCCAUUAACCACGACGAGUUUGAGCCGGCCAAGAGUCCGCAUCUGAACGGACAAGCCACGCGUUACGAAAGCUCCGACUACAUUGUUCACAGCCUACAAGGCGGGGGCGGCCAGGGGGGCGGAUAUCUGGCGGACAAUGGGCUGCGAAGCAUUGCGAAAGGAUCGGCGGAUACAGCCAUUUCGGCUGUUGCCAGUCAGAAUGCAGCCGGAAAACAGGCCUCAUACGUCGCCAAGAGUACGCUGGCCCAGGCAGCAGCUCAAGCAGCCGGCACAGCCGUGGCUGUGCUCAAGGGCAAGGAGGUACUAUUGCACCGAUUGGAGGAUCAGAGCGUGGAGGCACACAAGGCAAUGGAGAACGAGCUGACGCAGCUGCAGCAGGCUAAACGAUCGGCGAAAGCUGCUCAAUAUGCUGCCCAGCAGGCCAUCAACCAUGUGAGCGUCCUCACGGCGGCACUCAACAAUGCCCAAUCCGCAUCUGAACUAGCCCAAAAGUCUGCGUCAGAGGCAGCUGCUGAAUUGGCCUCCCAAAUCGAUAUGGUGGCCCAGGCAAAGACUAAACUGGAACAUGCUGAGUCGCAAGCCUACGGCGCUCGCUUGGAUUAUGAGGAGACUCGCGAUGCGGCGGAGAAGGCUACACUGUCCGCGCAGGAGGCACAGCUCAAUGCCAACGAUGCUGCUCUGCACGCCAAUGUCGAGCUCAGUGAAGCGGUUCACAUUCAUGACAAAAGCGAUCGCAAUGUGGUGGAACCGGCCCGGGGCCCGCCACACCAUCGUCGACGACCGUAAUCGUCUACAGCACACUUCCACCGGUCACGUCACUAAGUAAAGUGUUUUGGCAUUGAAGCUUCAAUUUAAACUUAUUUAUUUCUUUUCUAUAUGUUGACUAUAAGUUUUUUAUCCUGUUAAUAAAUAAUAGUUCGAAAAAGUGACGAUCCA